AUGGGGGCAUUGGACACUACCUGGGAUUUGUGCCGCCGAGACUCGGCCGACUCCCGGCGCCGCGGCUCGGUACGCCGGCGGCGGCAGGCGCCGGGGUUUUUCUGUGGGGCCACUCUCAUCUCGGAGCGCUACAUGCUGACGGCGGCCCACUGUAUCACCGAGGAGCGGCCUGUGAACGUGGUCCGGCUGGGCGGGUUCGCGCCCACGGAGGACGGCACGCCCACAAAGCCCGUCGACUACCCCGUGGAAAAGAUCACCACGCACCCGCUGUACCGGUACCCGGUGGUGUACCAUGACCUGGCGCUGAUCCGACUCGGCCGGCCGGUCACAUUCACACCCACUGUGCGCCCCUACUGCCUGGCGGCGCCCCACCAGGACCGGCCCGGCACCGACGCGCACGUGGCAGGAAUCGGCGCAAAGGAGUUCGGCGGUAAAGUCGGCGACGUGCUGCUGGAGGCGCCGCUGCCGAUCGUCUCGGCCGCCGAAUGUCUGACAAACCUGACCGGCGGCCGCACCACGCUCCAGCUGCCCCAGGGGAUCACGGACGGGUGUGCUGGCGACUCGGGCGGACCGCUGCGCGUCGAGACUGACGACGGGCCGCGGCUGGUCGGCGUCGUGGCCGCCGGGGAGGGCUGCGCCGCGCCCGGAAAGCCGGGGCUCUAUACGCGCGUGUCGCACUACAUCGACUGGAUCGACGGCAUCGUGUACGGCGAUGGAUAA